AUGACCUUAUACUACACGAUCGUUUUUCUCAUCCUAGUGGUGGAGAUUGCAUUCUUUCUAUUGCUCAUGACACCAAUGCCGAACAAUUGGCGUAAACACAUGUUCAUGUUCUUGUCGACUAACCCCGAGGUACAGCACAUUAAAUACAUUCUACGCAUUGUCUUUGGAUUCAUAUUUGUUCUCUUUAUCGAUUCUAUCAAUCGCCUCCAAACAAUCCAAAAUGCUGUAUUACCCACCGAGGGCGUUGAUAGCACAGCGCCCAUACAUGAUGCACGCACUGAUGCUAAUCUUGCUGCCAAAAAGUUUUAUGCACAACGUAAUAUGUACUUGACGGGAUCUACCCUGUUUUUGACAUUGGUCUUGCGACAUAUAUACAAUCUAACGCUCGAUGUUGUACGGCUACAAGAUGAGAAUGGUCGAUUGACCUCAUCAUCUACCACCACCAGCACUGAGAAGCUCCCAUCACCCAAACGGCCUGUCAAGGUGAACCCAUCGUCGUCGUCAACAGAGAAGACCCACGUUGAAUAA